GACACGGAGAAGAAUUAAAAGUCAACACCCCUGGAAUCAAGUUAAUAUUGGACUUCAUCUCUUCAGGCACGAAGGAAUUCUUUGCCAACCUCAAGUGUUGUUGUUUUUGUCAACACAGCCGUGGCAGAACUGAAAAUAGAAACUUGAAGUUUAUCUUGGGAUAACAAAGGACAUUUACAACUGUAUAGUAUGAGUGUAGCUUAAUAAACCAUGAUAAUGAAGCCAUUAUCUUUCAAAAUCAACUCAGACCACUUUCUGCUGUGUGUCUUCCUGAGUCUACUAUGGGGUGUCGCUGAAACCAAGACAACAGACACAAUGCCAACAUCAACAGGGACAAGUACACCAGAAGCAGAACCCACAACAACACCAUCCACCACUCCAUCGACAACCCUUCCAACAACACAGCCACCUCCUCUCAAUGCGAAAGAUUUCAAAUCAGUUGACCAAAAUGAGACCAGUAUAACUCUGCAGUGGAAAAACGUGGGUGACUUCUACAACUAUACACUUGAGUUCAGUGGAGGACAGAUAAACAUCGCUGGAUCAGAGGCAGACCUCAUUACACGCAUAGUCCCAGAUCUCAUUCACACGACACAAUACAACUUCACUCUCUUCACUGUGCGUGGAACUGCCAGUAGCGUCGGAGUAAACACCACUGCAUAUACUGCUCCACCUAAUGCAGAAGGUUUCAAAUCAGUUGACCAAAAUGAGACCAGUAUAACUCUGCAGUGGAAAAACGUGGAUAAAGUCUCCAACUAUAGACUUGUGUUCAAUGAAACGGAGAUUGAUGUCCCUGCAUCAGAGGGAGAACAAAAUUCUACCUACACAGUCUUAAACCUCACUAGUGGGACUAAAUAUGACUUCACUCUCUACAGUCUGUUUGAAAAUGUCCAAAGCAGCGGAGAAAAACUCUCUGCAGUCACGGCUCCACCUAAUGCAGAAGGUUUCCAAAAAGCUGACCAAAGUGAGACCAGUAUAACUCUGCAGUGGAAAAAAGUGGAUAAAGUCUCCAACUAUAGACUUGUGUUCAAUGAAACGGAGAUUGAUGUCCCUGCAUCGGAGGUUGAUCCAGUGAAACACACAAUCCUAAAUCUCACGACUACGACACAAUACAACUUCACUCUCUUCAGUGUGUAUGAAAAUGUCCGUAGCGACGGAGUAAACACCACUGCAUAUACUGCUCCGCCUGAAGCAGAAGGUUUCCAAAAAGCUGACCAAAGUGAGACCAGUAUAACUCUGCAGUGGAAAAAAGUGGAUAAAGUCUCCAACUAUAGACUAGUGUUCAAUGGAAAGGAGAUUAAUGUCCCUGCAUCGGAGGUUGAUCCAGUGGAACACACAAUCCCAGGUCUCACGAAUACGACACAAUACGACUUCACUCUCUUCAGUGUGUAUGAAAAUGUCCGUAGCACCGGAGUAAACACCACUGCAUAUACUGCUCCGCCUAAUGCAGAAGGUUUCAAAUCAGUUGACCAAAAUGAGACCAGUAUAACUCUGCAGUGGAAAAAAGUGGAUAAAGUCUCCAACUAUAGACUUUUGCUCAAUGAAAAGGAGAUUGAUGUCAUUGCAUCAGAGGGAGAACAAAACCCUACCUACAGAGUCCCAAACCUCACUAGUGGGACUAAAUUCAACUUCACUCUCUACAGUCUGUUUGAAAAUGUCCAAAGCAGCGGAGAAAAACUCUCUGCAGUCACGGCUCCUCGUAACACAGAAGAGUUAAAAUCAAUCAAUCAAAGUGAGACCAGUAUAACUCUGCAGUGGAAAAAAGUGGAUAAAGUCUCCAACUAUAGACUUGUGUUCAAUGAAACGGAGAUUAAUGUCACUGCAUCAGAGGGAGAACAAAACAUUACCUACACAGUCUUAAACCUCACUAGUGGGACUAAAUUCAACUUCACUCUCUACAGUCUGUUUGAAAAUGUCCAAAGCAGCGGAGAAAAACUCUCUGCAGUCACGGCUCCUCGUAACACGGAAGAGUUAAAAUCAAUCAAUCAAAGUGAGACCAGUAUAACUCUGCAGUGGAAAAAAGUGGAUGACAUUCUCAGCUAUAGGCUCAUGUUCAAUGAAACGGAGAUUGAUGUCUCUGCAUCAGAGGGAGAACAAAACCCUACCUACACAGUCUUAAACCUCACUAGUGGGACUAAAUAUGACUUCACUCUCUACAGUCUGUUUGAAAAUGUCCAAAGCAGCGGAGAAAAACUCUCUGCAGUCACGGCUUCCAGAAACGUUAACAAUGUGACCGUGCUGAGACAGAAUGAGAGUAGUAUAACUCUGAUGUGGGACAAAGUUAACAACAUCUCAACAUACGUCCUACAGUAUGAUUACAAUGGAAGUUCCAUUGAGGUCACGUGCGACACAUUUUAUCACAAUGCGACAGUUACUCGUGUGGUCUCAUUGCUAAAUGCUGGGACAAAGUAUCGUUUCACUCUCAUCACUGUCUUUGAGAAAGUUAACAGCACUGGAUUCUCAUUUAACGCUGCGACUGUUCCCUCAAUGGUGGCUUCGGUCGAUGUGUCUGAACGCUCUUUAACCAGCAUAACCCUGACGUGGCCGGAUGUGAGAGAAGACUGGGACUACCGUCUCCAACUUAAUGGGGAAAAUGUGGACCCUCCCCCAGAGAGAACCACGGGUGUUGUGUCCUACGCUAUCAAGUCUCUCCAGCCUGGAACAGAAUACCGUUUUAACGUGGCCACACUGUUCUCUGGACUCGAGAGCGCUGCUUAUGAAGACUUUACAGUAACACGAAUAGACUGUUCCAGUGCAACCUGGCGUGUCACCACCUCAUCGAUCCACGGCAUAAUAGAAGGCUUGUUCUCAAAUGCAAAGACCACUAACGGAUCGCAGCCUCUUGAUGGUCAUGUGGAAGGUGGCAAUGUGUCUUUUACUGGCCUUUACCCUGGUGCGACCUAUAAUGUGUCUCUUGUGUAUGAAAAAGAGUCCCAAAGUUUUUCACAGUGUAUCCACGACCUGACAAUAAUGCCUCCAGCUUUAACUGCUAAAUGUGAGUAUUCGGGAGCUGGCUACGCUGUCUUUAUUGUCUGGAAAGAACGGGAACCUGGUAUGUGGACUUCAGUGGAGCUGAACGUGUCUGAUCAAUCUACGGAAAUCAAAGGAGAUCAAACUGAGAAGCGUCAUGAAACGAUAAUUGGAUUCCUACCUGCCAGAACAUAUCAGGUGUCUUUGGUUGCAGUGUCUGGGACUGUAAAGAAUUCUGAACCAUUUGUUUUUUCCUGUCUUACUGAUCCCAGGGGAGUCAUUGCAGGGUCAGUAUGUGCUGUUCUGCUUUUUCUUCUCCUGGUCCUGGCUGUCUUCAUUGUUAUUAAAAAAAGACCAGAUAUUUUCAGCCAAAAAAAAUCAUUCAUUAGUGGUUCCAGACAAUCCAAAACUAAGUGCAAACCUAUUUCUGAGUCAAAGUUUCCAGCCCACUUCCACCAAUUAGGCGCGGACGAGAACAGAGGUUUCACUGAGGAAUAUGAGAGCCUCGUUUCUGUUGGCACGGAGCAAACACGAAAGGCAGCUACUCUACCUGAGAACAAAGCCAGGAAUCGUUUCAACAAUGUCCUGCCCUACGACUGGUGUCGGGUGAAGCUAGCGACAUCCAAUCCUGAUGGAACCUCUGACUAUAUCAAUGCCAGUUACAUGCCAGGCUACAACAGCAGCAGAGAGUACAUCGCCACUCAGGGCCCUCUGCCCACCACAGUCAAUGAUUUCUGGACAAUGAUCUGGGAACAAAAAAUAAAAGGGAUUGUAAUGGUAACAAACUGCAACGAGGGAGGACGGGUUAAGUGUGAACGAUACUGGCCUGCAGACAAGCCUUGCUCUUAUGGAGAGCUGGUGGUCACUUUGAGAUCCGAGCAGCAGGAACCCGACUGGACGUUGAGGGAGUUCAGGGUGAAACAUAGGAACAACUCAGAGGAGCGCACAGUGAAACAUUUUCACUUCACUGCUUGGCCUGACCAUGGAGUCCCACAGGGCACACAAGUCCUGAUCCAGUUCAGAAGCCUAGUGAGACGCCACAUAAAUGCAGAGGGGGGCGGAGCACCAACUGUGGUCCACUGCAGUGCUGGAGUGGGGAGGACGGGCACGAUCAUUUCCCUGGACGUGUUGCUUCAGCAGCUAGAGAAGGAAAGAACAGUGGGAAUCAAAGGCUUUGUGCACAAGAUGAGACUGAGCCGGCCAUACAUGGUGCAGACAGAGUCCCAGUACGUUUUCCUGCACCAAUGCAUCAUGGACUGCCUGCAGCAGAAAGAGAACGUCGAGGAGAACAUAUACGAGAAUGCGGAGAUGAUAUACGAGAAUGCUACCGCUCUGCGAGAGCUUCGCAACACAAAUGUCUAAACUAACCAAAAUGAUUAGUCUUUUAUGCACUGGAUUAAAAACUAAUUCUAUAGUCUAAAUGCUGUAUUUUGUUUUAAACUGUAAAUAUGAAAAACAUGCAUUUCAUAUAUUUACUGUAAAUGCUUAGCACUCUUCAGAUUUUAUUUAAGUUGUAUAUUUUGGUUCUUUUUAUCUGCCAAAUGUGUAAUCAUCUUAUUAUUAUUAUUAUUAUUAUUACUGUCAUGCAACACUCCAGAUGA